AUGAAGACGGCGUUUGAGCAUGGUAUCAACUUCUUCGACAACGCGGAUUCGUACGGCAUGGGUCUCGGAGAGGAGUACACGGGAGCUGCUAUCAAGAUGGGCAUCCAGGAUGGUACGUGGAAGCGUGAGGACCUCGUGGUCGCCACCAAACUCGGUAUGGGAACGAAGGGUUUCCACGGAGGCUCGGGUCCUAACGACCAGGGUUUGACUCGCAAGCACAUCACCGAAGGCUUGAAGGCGUCGCUCAAGCGGAUGGAUCUGGAGUACGUCGAUAUUCUCUACUGCAUUCGACCGGACCCGUACACGCCCCUCGAAGAGACUGUGCGAGCCAUGAACUACGUCAUUGAACGGGGCUGGGCCUUUUACUGGGGCACCAGCCAGUGGCUUGCACCACUCAUCAUGGAGGCGUGUGAGAUCGCUGACAGUCUUGGUCUCAUCCGCCCAGUAGUGGAGCAACCCAUCUACAACAUGCUCAAUCGCUCGAGGGUGGACCAUGAAUAUCUUCACUUGUACAAGAAGUACAAGCUGGGCCUGACAACUUGGGCUCCUCUUUCGAGGAACACGUAUGGACAUCCCCGUGAUGAAGGCGUUCGUGGGGGAGUAUGA